AGAAGUCCAACUGAGAUAAACAAGCCUAAAAUAGCAAUUUGUGGAGGAUAAAAGAACCAGAUCAGGGAGAAAUUCAACAUCCUGAGUUGUCGCCCGGGGGAAAAAUAUCUCCUUAAAAUAAAUUUGAUUUAUAUUCAUUUUAGACUAUUGAGAAAGGAAGAAAACACCAAUUGGGAAUUGUCUACUAGAGUUCGCUUUGAGAGCAAAAAAGUAGCAGCAAGAAUGCCAGUCCAGGCUUCAUUUAUAAAGAUAACUUCACUAAUAGCACUAUUGAUACUGAAUUGCUUGCAUACCUCAAAACAGCACACUCAAUACUUCUUUUCUAAGUCUUCUGGGGAGGAGGAAAGAAAAUCUUCAUAUACACUAAAGAAGAUGGUUUGAGAAGGCUGGACCAAACAAAUCAUGAUCCCUGCUGUAAUUUGUUCAUAUUUGUUAGGUGCAAAGUCUAUGCUUCUCAAGCUAUUCAAGUCCAGAGCAGGUCACUGCCAUAUUAAUGCUGCUGUUUACAACGAUGUACCUUGAAAAUGUGUUCCUGUCUAGUCACAUAACUAAGGAGGGACAAGUAUCUCUGGUACUUAAGUUAUCUUAUAACCAAGGAUUUCAAUGCUUUUUGCAGUCACUAAUGAAUUAGGUCUCAGCAUCCCUCUGAGAUAGGCAGUACUUCCAUUUAUUGAUCAUGGAGACAAAGAAAGGUGAAAGUGAACCUUAAAUGAAAGGAAGAUAAAUGGUUGCGUUUCCCAACAUGCUGUGCUUUUGCCAUAAGGCCUCUUUUCCCUUGAGGUGGGAGAUAUGAUAAACUAACACAACCACUGAUGCUGCAGAAGGUGGUGCAGACCAGUUCAACAGGUGAUGCUAAGUCUGUGUUAAAUUUAUGAUGCAGUCUGGUAUUACGUUGUUUGGAUGAGAGCGAACUCUGGUAUCCUUAUCUAAGCACCUGUUGUUCAAGAGGUACAGUUAGUGCUGGCAUCAUGGUGACUCUUUAGCUCAAGUAAUUUAUCUUCAGUUAUUUCUGAAUCUCCCAACAUAGUUUCAUUUUGUUGUCAUCUUUGUUUUCUGCCCUAAAAUGCUAUUGGCAUUGUAUUGUAAUAUAUCUGUGGUAUUUUUCUGGAGAGGCAAAUGAGUUCUGUAUCCAAGUUUGUAAACCAUUUUAUGAUGUGAAAAUGCCUUAUAUAAAGAAGACAUCUGGAAAAAGAGCUCCUGCGAAGAGGAAGCUUGCAGAAGAAUUUGCUCCAGGAGAGGUGUUAACAGAUACAUCAAAAAAAGAGUGGAAAUUAGGCAUGCAUAUAGGGCAAGGUGGCUUUGGACGUUUAUAUCUUGCUGAUGUUAAUUCUUCAAAAUCGGUUGGCAGUGAUGCAUCUUAUGUUGUAAAAGUGGAACCCAGCCAGAAUGGACCUCUUUUUUCUGAAUUAAAGUUCUACAUGCGAGCUGCGAAACCAGAGCAAAUUCAGAAAUGGACUAAAUCCCAUAAACUGAAAUAUCUAGGUGUACCAAGGUAUUGGGGGUCUGGCUUGCAUCAAAAGAAUGGAAACAGCUAUAGGUUUAUGGUAAUGGACCGAUUUGGGAGAGAUCUUCAGAAAAUAUAUGAAGAAAAUUCAAAGCGUUUUGCACAUAAAACUGUGUUACAGUUUGGCUUAAGAAUACUUGAUAUUCUGGAAUAUAUCCAUGAAUAUGAAUAUGUGCAUGGAGACAUCAAGGCCUCAAAUAUUCUCCUGAAUUACAAGAAUCCGAAUCAGGUGUACUUGGUUGAUUAUGGCCUUGCAUAUCGAUACUGCCCAGAAGGAGUUCACAAAGAAUAUAAAGAAGACCCAAAAAGAUGCCAUGAUGGGACUAUUGAAUAUACUAGUAUUGAUGCACAUAAGGGUGUGGCUCCGUCAAGACGUGGUGACUUGGAAAUUCUAGGCUAUUGUAUGAUUCAUUGGCUCAGUGGCCAUCUGCCAUGGGAGGACAAUUUGAAAGACCCCAACUAUGUCAGAGAUUCAAAAAUCAGAUACAGAGAGAAUAUUGUGGACUUGAUGGAGAAGUGCUUUCUUGGGGAAAAUAAACCAGAUGAAAUAGCCAAAUACAUGGAAAAGGUGAAGUUAUUGAGCUAUGAAGAGAAACCUUUUUAUCAGCAUUUCCGAGAAAUACUUCUACAAGGGCUGAAGGCCAUUGGUCAACGGGAUGAUGGACUAUUGGACAUUGGUUUGUCAGAGAAUGGAGACUUGCAAACAAAGCCCAUACAAAAGAGGAAAAGAAAGGCAGCAGCAACAGCCACAGCAGAAGAAAGCACUGAAAAGGAUGUAGAAGAUGCAGGAAGUCCAAAACAGAAGAGACGUACUCCUUCUAAGUCAGGAGCAACCAAAACAAAGGCGACCUCACCGAUAACUAAGAAAAACCCAAGAACUAGAAAGAGAGUCCAGAAGUAGAUGAACCAAAAUAACGUGUUCUUUUGCCCAGCUAUCCUUUGUUCAGUUCCUGUAGCACUGGAAUUUUUCUUUCCUUUUUUUUAAACAUUCAGUUAUUUUACAGGAUUUGUAUGACAACUGCUGAAGUUUGUACCCACUUUUGAAGAAUAAAUGUUUUAUUAAAAUAUUUGUGCACUGUAUGUACAAUUUAAUUCUCAUAAAUACAGAUUUUUUUCCCAACUUUGAAAUGAAGUUGAUUUUAGUCUGUACAAGUUAUUUUUUUUCCUCUUCAGAUUACUAUUGAGACAUGACAUUUUUUCGCUGCUUUAUAACUUGGAAAGGGAGCCCACAACCAUUCAAGUUUUUCUUUUUUUUUUUCCCCUUUUAUGUUCGUGUCUUAGAAAUAUUAGCCAUGUUGCUUCUAGUCUUCCCUGGUGUUGCAUGAACACUUAUUGGAGGUCUGAUAUGUAGAUGUAGCACUAAUUAGAGGGGAAGAAACAGCAAAUAAUUAGAUACCUUUUGUUCAACUAUUUCACAGGUGUUUUGUUUUAUCACUUAAUUCAGUCAGGCUUGGCUUACACUACAAAAUUUAAUGUUAAAGUACAGAUUUCAGCAAUCACAUUGGUUAUUUCCUCUUACACCUGUGUUUAUGUAAUGAAAUUACUGAAAAACAUCUUCUGACGCAUUUAAAUUUUGUAAUGUGGCUGAACUUCAGUUCAUCAAGUUUCCUUUGCCUAAUAAUGCCGUCCUCAUAUCAAUUCUCUAGGUAUCCAUAGUCUCCUAGGGGAAAGACACUAGGCAAGACCUGAAUUUCUUUUGGAAACCCUACAAACGCCAUGUUUUAUUUUUACCAAAAAGAAGCAACGAAGGGUAUGAGCCCACUUUUUUCCUAUGUAACUUUUUUUUACUUAUACAUUUUCCAUUUUCUUACACUUUCCUUUCUUACUUUAGGGAAAGCUUGACUUGUGCUUAUCACAUGAAAAUCAUCUUUUGUCCUUGCUGCUUGGUAAGAUGACUUUUAAAAAAAAUUUAUUCCAUUUUUAAAGCACUUUUAUGCUGAGCUGCCUUGUUUUCUUUUCUCCCCCCCGCCCCCCUCCUAAUCCCAGGCAUUUCUGGGAAAGUUUUGAGAUCAAGUGUGGAGAUCAUUGUUUUACCUUGAAGCUUGAAAACCUUUUGCACUUAGGUAAUGCAAGUAACUUUCUUUUAAACCGGAACAAUAGAUAUAAGUCUUCUGAAGAAUACUGCUUUACAAAAAAUGGCAAACUGUUUAAGCAACAUAUAGGAGUAAAUGAACUUUAUUGGUAUACCACUGUUUGUUCUUGCUAAUUUAAAUGCUUAUAUAAUGUUAGUUAUCCAACUGUCUGCAUUCUGAAAUAAACGGGGAUGUUGGAAUAUAAA